UUAACAAAAUGGUAUUAGUUGAUGCAAUUGGAUUGUUGCGUUAACAUAUAUUCCCUUUAUCCUUUAAUUUUUGCCCCAUUUAAUUUAUCGUGAUUUUAAAGAUGCGUGUUAAUUAAAACACAUACACUUUCAAGAGUACAAGUUCCAACUUCCAAGUUUCAAACAACAAUGAUAGAUUGAUAGUGUCUUGUACUUGUGCCACUUCUACUUUAUAGCCCAAGCCCAUAACAAGAAAUACACAGAACAAAAACAAAAACAAAAAAAAAAAGGAAGAAAACCGAAUAUCUACCGGUUUAAUACCGAAAAACCGGUUCAGUAUAAAUAAAACCCCCCCCCAGAAAAAAAAAAAACACAAUCUCAAACAUUCCAAACCGCCAUGUCUCAAACCCUACCAAAACCCUGAAAAUUAUCUCACAUUUUCUCUCUCCAAAUUCAUCUUUCUUGCUAAUCAAGCCAAUUUCUUCUUCCCCAAAUUAAAACCCACCCAUUUCAAUUCAAUUCAACCCCAUUUCAAUUCAAUCAUUUCUAACCCUAGAAAAUCAAAACUGCUGAAAAUUAAGCUGAAGAAGAAGAAGAGGUUCAACAAUGGCGGUUGCGAAAGUAUGCGCAACAGGGAUAAUGACAGCAAUUGCUGCUGCUGUAGGUUCCAAUAACACUUACGCUGAACCUCGUUUGAACUUCCCUCCUUUCUCUUCUCCUUCUCCGCCGCCCUCCGCCGGAAACUCGCCGAAUCAGCUUCCACAACCUGGGAAUGCUCCGCCGCAAGCGCCGCCGUCUGACGAGCCGGAGAAGCCAAGGAAGCCGAGAAAUGAUAACCCCAGAACUUCUUCUACUGGGUUCGAUCCCGAGGCGUUGGAACGAGGUGUUGCUGCUUUGAAACGGAUUGAGAAGUCUAAAGAUGCUAAAACGGUGAUUGGGAUAAUAAAGGAGCAGGAAGAAACGAAGAGGAAAGAGAUUGAAAUGAAGACGCAAGAGCUUAAGGCAAUGGCAAAUCAAGCUGAGUUAGAAAAGCAGAAAGUGAUGUAUGGAGAACAGCAGAAAUUGAAUAAGCAAACGGCAGAAAUUAAAUCGCAGUUGGCAAAAUAUGAAGAUUCAUUGAAAAAGAAACGUAGUGAUGAAGAGCAUGAGAAACAAAGAGCUAGAAAUCGGGAGCUUGUGGAGAUGCAAGGGGAGAUGGCUAGAAGAGUAGAAGCUGCUAGGAGACAAACAGAAGAGCAGAUACAGGCACAACGUAUCAAAACUGAAAAAGAGAAGGCAGAAAUAGAGCGGGAAACCCUUAGAGUAAAGUCAAUGGCAGAAGCAGAAGGGAGAGCUCAUGAAGCCAAGUUGUUGGAAGAGGUUAAUUUACGUUUGUUUGGGGAACGUGCAAAAAAAGAGACAGAGAAAUGGGUUUCAGCUAUAAACACCACUUUUGAUCAUAUUGGAGGAGGAUUCCGAGCUAUAUUGACAGAUCAAAAUAAGCUUAUUGUUGCUGUUGGCGGGGUUACUGCUCUCGCUGCUGGCAUAUACACCACAAGAGAAGGAGCUAAAGUAGUAUGGAGUUAUGUAGACAGGAUACUGGGACAGCCAUCAUUAAUCAGAGAAUCCUCUAGAGGAAAAUAUCCCUGGUCUGGUGUUGUUCCCCGUCUCAUGAGCACACUCCGUUCUACUGGAGGAAACGUUUCCAAGAAUGGAAAUGGUUUUGGAGAUGUUAUUUUACACCCUUCUCUCCAGAAGAGAAUCCAGCAGCUAGCUUCUGCAACUGCAAACACAAAAGCUCAUCAAGCACCAUUCCGUAAUAUGCUUUUCUAUGGCCCUCCAGGAACAGGGAAAACAAUGGCUGCACGAGAGCUGGCUCGUAAAUCUGGAUUGGACUACGCAUUGAUGACUGGUGGAGAUGUUGCCCCGCUAGGGGCACAAGCUGUUACGAAGAUACACCAGCUGUUUGACUGGGCAAAGAAGUCUAAUAGGGGUCUAUUGUUAUUUAUUGAUGAAGCUGAUGCUUUCCUUUGCGAACGAAACAAAAUGUACAUGAGUGAAGCUCAAAGGAGUGCACUCAAUGCACUCCUGUUUCGAACAGGUGAUCAGUCCAAGGACAUAGUCCUAGCUCUUGCCACAAACCGACCCGGAGAUCUUGAUUCAGCAGUGGGUGAUCGUAUUGAUGAAGUUCUCGAAUUCCCAUUACCUGGAGAGGAUGAAAGAUUUAAGUUGCUAAAACUCUAUCUUGACAAGUAUAUAGCACAAGCUGGAUCAAGAAAACCUGGGUUGUUUUCACAGUUGUUUCAGAAGCAGCAGCAAAAGAUAGAAAUUACAGGAUUGACUGAUGACUUGCUCAGAGAGGCUGCAGCUAAGACUGAGGGAUUCUCAGGAAGAGAGAUAGCAAAGCUAAUGGCUGGAGUUCAAGCAGCUGUUUAUGGCAGUGAAAAUUGCAUCCUUGAUCCUCAAUUGUUCCGUGAGGUUGUAGAUUACAAGGUCGCAGAACACCAACAAAGAAAGAAAUUGGCUGGGACUGAAGAAAGUAACUCGAUGAAAUCGUAGAUGACUUAUAUAGGCAAAGCACAUUAUCUUUUAUUGCUGAGAUUAUUGCUAUUAUUUUGUUGGCGCUGUGAAGACGGAUAGGUUAAGCACAGGAAUUUUUUUUCAUCAUCCACAUUGAUGUUGGUCAUAAUUUUGCCCCUAUUUGUGGGAAAUUUUGGCAUAUUUAACAUCACAGUGUAGAAAUAUGAAGUUCAACGUGGCUCCAGAGGUUUAUUUUUUCUGAUGUAUCUGACAAAUGACAUGGUGCUUGUUAACACUUUGUACAAUAAAAUCAUUAUAGAAAAUUUUGAUUCAGAUACAAUUUUGACAUCAAAUGAAUAAAUUGGUUCUAAAAUCUCAAUUUAAUACAUUUUUGGAUCCCAAUUAUUUUUUAAGGUUCUGUACAAGUUAACUGGAUC